UCAGACAAGGUUAACCAAAGAGUAUACAAAAGUUUCACGUGAUCGCUCCCAAAAAACAUCAAACUGUCUGUCAAGCUCAAGUGUCACUGUCAGGUUGACAUGAAAAUCUAAUUUUAUUUUCCACUGCCGAAAAAGUUACUUUGAUAAAAUUGCUAUUUUAGUUUUACAUUUUAAUUAAUAAAAAUCCAGCUAUGUCUGACAACAAAGAUGUGCCCAAAAAUGAGAUGGACCCUGAAUUGGACGACUUAUUGGACAGUGCACUCCAAGACAUGACAAAGAAGCAAGAACAGAACGGACAACAGGUGACGGAAAGUGCAGACGGUAUACCACAGAACAUGUGGAGUGAGGAGUUCAUAAAGGAAGCGGCAGCUCAGUUUGAGAGCAACAUGGCAGCAAUCUUGGGCAGCUUUAGUGGUGUACCAGAGGAACAAAUCACACAAGAACAAAUAGCACAGACCUUUUCAAAAAUGGCGGAAGCGGCUGCACACGUAUUGAAGCCGGGCACACAGGCUGGCGACGCCGCGCCGGCGGCCGAGUUCACCGAAAACCCCGAGGUUCAAGAGAAAAUUGACGAGGUGUCCGCAGCGAUUUCACAGACCUUGCAGAAUUUGAACACUAACACAGAGAACCUGCAGACACCGCUCUCGGAACAAGACUUGGCUAACAUGUUCCAGAACUUCAACUUAGGAGAGGGGGCAGAGCAGGACGGAAACAUGUUCGUACCAUUCAUGCACGGAAUAAUGCAGUCAUUACUAUCCAAAGAAGUGUUGUACCCAUCGCUGAAGGAACUGGUGGACAAAUAUCCGGCUUGGUUGGCAGAAAACAAAGGCAAGGUGGAACAGAAGGAAUAUGAAAGAUUCGAAAAGCAACUGGAAUUAAUGAAGCAAGUUUGCUCAGAAUUAGAACCUGAAUCGGAGUCAGACCCUGAAGACGUGAAGAGGCAGAGAUUCGAGAAGGUCCUGGAACUAAUGCAGAAGAUGCAGGACUUAGGUCAGCCCCCAACAGAACUAGUAGGUGAUAUCGGGGCUCCGCCCCAGGCCUUCGCCCCUCCAGUGGGGCAAGACCCGAGCCAAUGUAGCGUCAUGUAGUCGUAUUUCUGACGCAAAAACAAAUAAAUAUUAUAUCGUGUGCCUAAAGUCUAUUUCAAUACGAUUUGUACAGAAAGUAUUUCGUCACAAAUCUUUCAUGCUAACAGUUUCGUCAUAAUUUUAUGUUUUGUGGCAAUGUUGUGUCUUUGACUAAGUUCUGACGCACAAACACAAAUAUCGUGUGCCUUAAGUCGUAUUACAAUAGGAUUCGUUAAGAAAGGAUUUAGAAGUCUUUUUCAAGACGAUUUGUACAGAAAGUUAAAAAAAAAACCCACGCUCUUUAUUGUCGAUCCAAUGUUGCGUCAUUUAGUAAAUUUCUGACGCACAAACACAUAUAUCGCGUGUCCUGAGACGAUUUCAAUAUGUCUCUAUAAAAAGUUACUUGUUUUGAAGUAUAUUUCAAUAUAGUUUGUACCAAAGCAGUCACUUCUGAUACGCAAACAUAUAUAUAGUGUUUUAAAGGCUAUUUGAGCAGCUGGCGAACAAAACGGUGUAAUUACGCAUCUGGUCAAAUUACCUUUUUCGGAGAGUCCGGAGGUUUCGGGCCCGUUGAUUUUUAAUCUCAAAUAAUUUUCAAUCAGAACCGCCUAAAACAGUGUUAAAAUUACUACAUUUGUAAAAAAUUAAAGGAUUUAGCCAUAACUGUAAUGUGACUAAAGACAUAUAAAAUGGAAAAGGGCUACAUCUAUCUCUUUCCAAUACUUUAUCGGGCUUAUUGGUGAAAGUAGGACGGAUGAAUGCUUUUUGUUGCUAUUUUAGCAUUCCUUCUCUAUAAAUUAUUAUUCUAAGGCGUUCCCUAACCAAGUGUCAAGUAAUCUAGGCAUUACCUUCUGUACAAAUGCGAUUGAAACCGACUUUUUAUAGGUAAGUAGUUUGCUCUUGAAAGGUAAUAGAAAAAUGGUUAGUGCCAAAGGGUGUGUUAAUAUUUAUAUCUCACUCGACGUGAUGCACCUUUAUCGCUCUGUCAGCCUUGGUGAAGUGAAUAUUGUGUAUGUUACGCUAACAUAUCGAUCAGACAACGAUAUCGAAGAUAAAAUUCUUUGAUUAUAUACACGCCUAAAACCGUAUUAACUGCACGGAAGCAGCCCAAAAAAAAUUUAGUUACGAUU